AUGGCGGACCGCGGCGGCGGCGGGGGAAUGGGCGUGGUGGGCGGUGGCGGAGCCGGCCAGGCCUCUGCCGGGGCAGCGACUGGUGCUACUGGGGACAGCGGGGGCGGUGGCCCGGUCAACCCGGCCUCGCUGCCUCCCGGCGACCCGCUGCUCAUCGCUCUCAUCGUGGAACAGCUCAAGAGACGGGGCUUUUUUGACAGCUUCCGCCGGGACUGCCUGGCCGACGUGGACACCAAGCCAGCUUACCAAAACCUGAGGCAGAAAGUGGAUAAUUUUGUGUCAACACAUCUGGACAAGCAGGAAUGGAAUCCUACAAUGAAGAAAAACCAAUUGCGAAAUGGUCUGAGGCAGAGUGUGGUUCAGUCAGGGAUGUUGGAAGCUGGAGUAGACAGGAUUAUUUCUCAGAUGGUGGAUCCAAAACUUAACCACAUCAUCAGGCCACAAAUAGAACGAGCAAUUCAUGUAUUCCUGGCGGCCCAGAAAAAAGCAGCUGCGCCAGCACCCCCACCAGAGCCCGAAGGCCAGGACCUUCCAGCUCCAUCUCAGGACACUUCCUAAGAAUAUGCCUGACACCUUUUGAAAGUUAAUUUCUGGUGAAGAAGUGGAUUCGGUUAUGUAAGAGUGCAACUUCAGACCGAAGAUAGGCCAAGGUCGUCACUGAUCUCAAGAUUCAACCUUGACCAUGGGCAGUGACCAGAUUGAAAGGGGAGCAAGUUCGGCAGUGGGAAAGUUGACCGUGUCGCCCCCUGCAUUGUGCUGCCAUUUGGCCAGCCUGCCCAAGGGCAUGACACCAAGUAGACACUACACAGAGAAACACUACAGCAAUCCAGGGUUGUCCUGAAACAGACUUUUAUACUUGAACAUGGAGACUGCGAGUGGACUUGAGGGUUUGUGCUGUGGAAUAAACGGAAGCUACAGUGAGAACAUAGCCAGUCCCAAAGACAAUUUCAAAAAACAAUGACAGAAAGUUUAGCUGGGAGUAGUCUUUGACAGUGUUUAUUUGAUACUGUCUCUCAGAGUUUGCAAACCAGAUUGUACAAGUCAUUAGCAUCAGAUAGCUUGUGACCUUCUUGUACAUGAAUCUUCUAGCCAGUUUCCUUUCCUUUGUAGUAGGUAAUGAGACAUGAAAUCCCAGAAUGUGUGAGAAGUUCAGACAUUAGACAUAAGGAAACUCGUUUGCAGGCUCUCUGUCCAGGGCUGCUUCCUGUCCUGGAGGGGCCAGUGAGUCUUAGGUAUGUUUAUUUUAUCCUCACAUUUGUGUUUUUUUAGAAAAGUGAAUGAUCAAUAAAUGGCUUAUCUUUCAUAAUAAAA